CCUCUUUUACCCUCCCCGAAACGUUUUCAUUACAGGCACCAAACCAGACGAUAAUGGCGUCCGAAACGCCACCCAACUUCUGGGGCGACAUGCCGGAGGAAGAGUAUUAUACGUCGCAAGGGGUGCGCAACACCAAGUCCUACUUCGACACACCCAAUGGUAAAAUCUUCACCCAGAGCUUUUUACCGUUGGACAAGAAGGUUAAAGCCACAGUCUACAUGACGCACGGCUACGGAUCUGACACCGGUUGGCUGUUCCAGAGAAUCUGUAUCUACUAUUCUACUUGGGGUUACGCCGUUUUCGCUGCUGACCUUCUUGGACACGGUAGAUCGGAGGGCCUACGUUGCUACUUAGGAGACAUGGAGAAAAUUGCGGCAACAUCCCUGUCGUUCUUCAAGCACGUCCGCUACAGCGAAGAGUACAGAGAUUUGCCGGCGUUUCUCUUCGGCGAAUCCAUGGGCGGAUUAGCAACGAUGUUGAUGUACUUUCAAUCGGAGCCAGAAAUGUGGACUGGCCUGAUUUUUUCAGCGCCACUCUUCGUGAUGCCGGAGAACAUGAAACCCAGUAAGGUACGACUCUUCAUGUACGGUCUCCUCUUCGGGCUGGCCGACACAUGGGCGACGAUGCCGGACAACAAGAUGGUCGGAAAAGCAAUCAAGGACCCAGAAAAACUUAAGAUCAUCGCGUCGAACCCGAGGAGGUACACGGGACCGCCGAGGGUUGGGACGAUGAGGGAGCUGUCCAGGAUGUGCCAAUACAUACAAGAUAAUUUCUCAAAGGUAACGGCGCCGUUUCUGACGGUGCACGGGACUUCCGACGGCGUGACAUGUCCAACGUCGUCGCAGCUGUUGUACGAGAAGGCAUCGAGUCCGGACAAGAGCUUGAAGAUUUAUGAAGGGAUGUACCAUUCUUUAAUUCAGGGGGAACCUGAUGAGAAUGCUGAGAUCGUUUUGAGGGAUAUGAGGGAAUGGAUUGAUGAGAGGGUUGAGAGGUAUGGGAAAAAGUGAAAACAAAAUGUUUAAAGGGAAAUUUGGAGUCAAUCAUGAAAAAGAGAGAAUUUUUAGUAAACUUGUAAUAAAAACAUGAGAAGAAUUUACGUUAUUUUUUUUUUUGUUCCAAUUCGCACACUUAAUAGUGUAACUCUUUUAUUGAACGAUUAUAAAGGGCACUUCCACAA